CGCCCCCCAAUGUAGCACUGACUUCUGAUUGGUUGCUGCCGCUCGCCCGAGCAAGGUUGGACCUCAAGGGCUGUGCAUUUAAAGGCACUUGCCAGGCAGGUCCUACGCCCGAGCUUCCUGUACCUCGUCUCCCACGCGCUGUCUGCCGAAGUCCUGUAACCCCGCCAGCAUGUCUCAGGCUGAGUUUGAGAAAGCUGCUGAGGAGGUUAAGCACCUCAAGACCCAGCCAACAGACCAAGAGAUGUUGUUCAUUUAUAGCCACUACAAACAAGCCACCGUGGGCGACAUAAAUACAGAACGGCCUGGGAUGUUGGACCUCAAAGGCAAAGCCAAGUGGGAUGCCUGGAAUCAGCUGAAAGGGACUGCCAAAGAAAGUGCCAUGAAAGCUUACGUCGACAAAGUAGAAGAGCUAAAGAACAAAUACGGAAUGUAACAGACUGGAUUUGGUCGCCAACCACAUGUUUAACCUAAAAUGAUAUAAGGCCUUGUGUUUUCUAAUACUAUGGAUGUUGUGAAAAUAGCUGGUUACUAUAGCUUCUUGGGAGGUUUCCAGGAUGUGGCUCUAACAGAUUAGAGGCAGAAAUGGUCAUUAACCUCUCCCUUCAACCAGUAGUUUUUAUCUGAAAUCAAUUGAAAUAUAUUUGUUAUUUGAA